AUGGCUGAGAUGAAGGCCAAGGCGGAGCAGCAGCGCGUGGCCGAGGAGGCUCGCGAGGGCGAGCGGCGGCAGCGCGAGGGCGCCGCCUACCAGACGCCCGAGCAGCGCGCCGAGGCGGCGCGCGCCGCGCGGCAGGCGGCGGCAGAGGGGCGGGCGGAGCGGGAGGAGGCGCGGGUGGCGGAGAAGCGCUUUGACCCGGCCCGCGACUAUUACCAGCUGCUGGGCAUCCCCAGGGGAGCGUCCGCCGCCGACGUGCGCAGGACAUACAAGCGGCUGGCCCUGCUGUACCACCCCGACAAGCACAAGGCGGAGGGCGUGGAGCAGCAGGCCGCCAUCCAAGAGAAGUUCAAGCAGGCGCGGGGGGGGGCAAGCACGUGA